GCCUCGCUCCUCUCCUCAGUCACGCAACGCGUUCCUCUUUCUCCGCCAUGGCUUCUCCGGACCAAACCCACUCCGUCGAAGAAGCCCUAGCGCAAGAUCCCGUUCCCUCCGAGGCCAUGGCCCCCGAGGAGGCGGCCGCGGUCAAGGACCUUGACUGCAGUGGCGGUUCCUCGAGUGCUCCCGAAGAAGAGGGGCCCGAGAAAACCCUAGUUCACGCGGACGAGCUGUUCGAGAAGGGGUCCAAGGCGAUAGAGGACGGGGACUUCGUGGAGGCCGUGGAUUGCCUCAGCCGCGCCUUGGAAAUCAGGGUUUCACAUUUUGGUGAACUUGCUCAAGAAUGUGCUAGCUCAUAUUAUAAGUAUGGUUGUGCACUACUGUAUAAGGCUCAAGAAGAAGCUGAACCACUGGGUAACUUCCCUAAGGGCCCACCAACAAGUGUAGAAAAAGCCAAAACUUCUAGUUGCACAGAAGAGAGUGGAAGUUCAUCAAAGGCUUCUGUUGACAAUUCUAAAGAAACACCAGUUGGGAAAGAAGUACCUGACGGAGAAGGUGUAGGUGAUGAGGAUUAUACAAAUGAUGAAGUUGAUGAUGAAAGUGGAGAUGAUGAUGAGGAUACGGCUGAAGCAGAUGAAGAUGAAUCUGAUUUGGAUCUUGCCUGGAAAAUGCUAGAUGUUGCAAGGGCAAUUGUUGAGAAGAGCUCUGGAAAUACCAUGGAGAAGGUGAAUAUCUUGGCUGCUCUAGCUGAAGUUUCCAUGGAAAGAGAGGACAUUGAGACUUCGUUAAAUGACUAUUUGAGAGCUCUAUCCAUAUUGGAACACCUGGUUGAGUUUGACAAUCGCCGGAUUGUUGAAUUAAACUUCAGGAUAAGUUUAGUCUUGGAAUUGGGAUCUAGAAUUAAAGAUGCCAUACCUUACUGUGAAAAGGCGAUAUCACUUUGCAAGUCUCGUUUACAAAGACUCAAGGAAAAUACAACAAGCUUGACAACUCCAGCCGAAGCUGUCGGGAAUUCUGUGUCUGGCUCAGAGAAAAGUGACAAUCUAACUGCUGAAGAUGCUAGGUCUUCUACAACAAGCUUGACAACUCCAGCUGAAGCUGUCGGGAAUUCUGUGUCUGGCUCAGAGAAAAGUGACAAUCUAACUGCUGAAGAUGCUAGGUUUUCAUCUAAUUUUGUGGAAGAGAUAGAACUAUUCAGUUCGAUAUUAAUUGAGCUUGAAAAGAAGCUGGAAGACCUGCAACAAAUAUUGACAAAUCCAAGAUCUGUUGUGUCUGAAGUCAUGAAGUUGAUAGCUUCUAAGCAGCCUUAUGAUGAAAAGAAUGCACCAAGUGCAUCCAGAGCUUCAUCUUUGAAUUCUUUGCAGAUGGGAGCCACAAAUGGUGGUUUUGAUUCUCCAACUAUUUCUACUGCUGCAUCAAAUGGUGGUGUGAUGGACCUAGGCGUCGUAGGCAGAGGCAUAAAGCGAGCUACUAUAAAGCCAAUUGAUGCUGAACCUUCUCAAAAGAAACCCAUGUUGGAUAAGACCACAGAGAGCUGAUCGUGGCAGCAUUUCUGUUGCUCAAGAUGUGGGGCUCUUGGCUCCACUCCUUGAGAUGCCCAAGUUAAAGUAGUGGUGGUAUGCACUUCACUUUUUGCCCUUUAUAUUUCAAGCUGGUCAGUGUGUUGUUUUCAUUGGUGUAGUCUAAGCUAAUGGGAUAUUUGAUACCAUGAUCAGUAUAGAUGUCUAAUGGAACUGUUUGUGAUAUUUAAAUGUGUGCAAAAUUUCUAGUGUAGUUAAUCCUGCAUUGAGCUUUGCAAAAUAUUGGACUCAAAUCCA